UCCCCAAUCUCACCGGCCGCCGCUCCCUUCCCCAAUCCCCACCCCCACCUAGAAGAAACCGAAAGAUCCCGCCGGCGAGGAAAGCAGCAACUCGACAUGCAUGGCAAGCGUGAUCGCAGCAUUGGCGACGGCUGUCCUUCUGGCUUCACAGUUCAGAGCCGGAGGCAGGACAUAUGCUUUCUGCUUGAUCACAUCCAUGGUUUCUACAAGGCAGCGCUCGAUCGGCUUCCGGUUCCCUCGCUGGCCCCGCGGCUCCUAGAGGCCGGCAUGUGCAUCGGCUUCCUCGACCCAGUCUCCAACAUCAUCGCCAACACCAUCGCUUACAACCCCUCCCCAUCACCAUCGUCUACACCCCUUCGCCGAUCCGACGACGAGGAGGAGACGAGGGAGUCGAUCCUCUCCCAGAUCAUCACCGACACGAACGACAAAUUCGUCUUCCAAGUACCUCUUUCCCGGCACAAGGCCGGUGGUAUGACCAUCGCGCGGCGUUCGCUGGACGGUCUUGUGGCCUUCCUCACCUCCCACUACCGCUAUCUCGCCUGUUCGGAAGCCCUGCGCUACCUGAUCCUUGCCAAGGCCGACCUUCUCGUCGCCGUGCGGCUCAUCGAGCGAGAUCGUAAAAAGAAGCGCAACGACGAGCUUGCGUUCAGUACUGCAUCCCGUGCAACCAAGGUCGCCCUGGAAUGUGCCGCUGUGGCUGCGGGGCAUCCUAAACCAGGCGUGCUGGUGACAGCGUCAGUGAUUAUGGCCUCUCCCCAGGCCGACCGCACCGUGCUUCUUGCUGGACAAGACCCUAGCCUCGCCGAGUUUCUCAGGGACCCAUCACUGGAUCUAUGUGGCAAGGAGAAGAACAAGAAGAAGAGAAAGAAAAGGGAUCAGACAUCUACGCCCACAGAGUCCAUAGAGGGAAUUACGGCACAUAAUAAUAGGCUUGGGUCUCAAACCACAUUCAGAUACACACAGUCGUUGAAGCUGCUUCUCCUCGGCAAGAUCCAUGGGCUCUACCUGCAGGCACUUGCUAAGCUACCUCGGGAUGGCCUGCACAAGUUUCAACACUCACUCCUCAAGGGUGGAUAUUGCUAUGGCCCCAGGGAUCCUGUCUCCAACAUUAUCCUCAACACCAUCUGGUACGGCUCUACGUUCCCCACGCCUCCUGAGUACGAGCUACAAUUUAAGGUGCACAUGAUAUUGACAGACAUGCUUGCACGCAUCGAGUGUUGCUCCCUUUACGGCCUUGUGGCCUUCCUCCGCACCUGCUUCCCCUCUCUCACGGAGCACGAUGCUGUCUGGUAUCUGUUCAGCACCGAUGCUGAUGUCCGCAAGGCCAUCCGCAAGGCGAAAAAGCAUGGCCAUGCUCAAGAGGUGUGUCGGGACAGUUACCUCAAGAAUGCCUACAGGCAAGCUGCGGUCGCUUCAUGGCACUCUGACCCCGACGCGCUGGUGACAUUUGCCACGUCUUCCUUGAACAUGGAGUCCGCCGAGUUUCUAGCAAGUAUAUUGCAGCAGGGCACACUCACCGACGGCGAAGUUGAACGCAUUGCCAUGGCUCUGCCGCCUACCAAGUCCGAGGAGCAACUGAACCAGCUGGUGACCUCAAGCUCACAGGUCUUGAGCCAAAAACAGAUAAGGUUCAUUUCAGAGUUCCGGAUAAAAUUUUUGGACGACCAGAGCUUCUUUGUCAAAAAGGUCAAUGCGGUGUUGAGAAACUACUCUCAGCAACAUGGGGUGCACUAUGAACUUCACAUCAUUUGCGGCGUGAAUCCGAAAGUACCUGAAGGGCCGAGUCUUGGCCCCCCUAAGAGGAAUUUCAAAUAUGAGUACUCCCAUAUCAACUUUUUGGCAACUGCCAAGGCACCGAAUUCUGCUGUGACAGCUCCAGAAUUAUUCUUCGCUCAAUGUAGCAAUAGUAAUAAAGGGACGCGGGAUGGACCAUCCUGGUGCACACCUGUAUCCUAUUCCUGCAUAGAUAAUGUUCGAUGCUUCUCUUGUGAGUUUAACGGGUCAAAGAUUGUGCAUCCACAUGAUGAGGAGUAUUGUGGGUACUACAAGGAUUUCAUUCUAAUGGCUCAUAGCAAACAUGGCUUUAAGAAUGAUCAUGUUAUCAAUUACUACCAUUUUAAUGGCGAUAAGAUGGCCACCCUGACAGAAGAUUUUAUCUAUUUUGAUCCCAACAUGGACUCCAAGAUUGCAGAGAUGAAUCCAAUUUCUAGUGUGGCUAAGGAGUUGAGAGAAUGGGAGGGUAGAAUCUUCUGAAAUGCCUCUGCUUUUUAUUAUGCGACAUAACGUAUUAGCUUGAUAUGAUAUCUCUAGGUUAUCAAUUACUUCAUUCAUAUGAUCUAUUCGAAAUUGUGUGGAAAAGGAACCCUCUGUAAUAGUUGUGAAUUUUAACGUCUAAGCAUAUGGAGUGGUUGACAUAGUUCUCUAA